AUGAGGAGCGAACAAAAAUAGGUUAUUUGGAGGUGGUCAAAAAUACUGAACAGGCUGCGUCUGCUUUGGAUUGUGUCUCUGCAUGUUAUAUGAUUUGCUGUUUAUGAGCCUUUAAACUCAUUUUUCCCCAAGUGAAGAUUUUUAAUGUUUUGUCAACGCCGUGAUGUGAUUGCCCUUGGCUUUCUGUAAUUUUUACUUUUUUAAUUUUAUUUUUCCUCUCACCGUAUAGCCAGCGUAGGAGUAGUAAUCAACCACUGUGUCCUCUCUCUCUCUUUCUCUCUCUAUUUUGUCUCCCUCGCUCGCUCUCUCUCUCUCUCUCUCUCUCUCUCUCUCUCUCUCUACGGCAUUUCCUCCAGUGGAUCUUGCUUUCCGAAACCGAGCCAGGAUCCUCGCAUCAGCCUUUACCCAUCCAUCCGUCGGAAAACCCGGAGCUGCUCGACCCUUGCGGGUUUCUUUUUAUAUAUAUGUAUAUAUAUCAGGCUGGCAGCGACACUACGGGACAAUUUUAGCAACAGUGGACCUGGAGGCGGGACCGAAAAGGGGAUGAAAUCGGUCAAAAUGACGGGGUUCAGUCUUAUGAUGGGAAUGUAACUUCAACGAGAAACUAAUUGCUAAACCGUCGAGAAAGCAGACCGAAGAGGGGGGAGGCAACCAAGAAGCCUGGAGGAGCUCUCAGCCAGCUCUGGUGCAUGCUGCCCCUUUGAUGGGUCGUCCUUCUAGGCACGAGCGAGGAAGAGCAAACAUGAGCGACAGACAGAGCAAGGGCAGGUUUGGGGCUCAUUGCCUCCCGUGGAUGGGCAGGACUGUCUUUCUGUUGCUGGGGCUCCUCUUGACCCCGGCACAAGGAAUGUGGCCCAGAGGACAGGUGGAGAUCCUGGGAGAGCUGCCCGGACAGCUGGAGGCCUCCAUGCACUCGUCCAUCAUGUCAGACCUGCCGGAAGCCCCUGCCGAGGUGACAUCUUCCGUUGGGCUCCCAGACUCCUCUGCGGUGGUGGGCCGCCUCUUUCGGAUGAAUCUUCCGACAGUUUUAGAUCCCAGCAGCACGGUCAAGAUAACAGAGGCUGGAAAAGAGGUUUUGCCAUCCUGGUUGCACUGGGACGAAGACAGUCACACUCUCCAGGGCCUUCCCCUGGAGGCAGACAAGGGUGUCCAUUAUAUCUCCAUAUCUGUGUCAGAUGCCAGUGGAAGCCAGAUGUCUCGUACUCCUGAUGUUUUCUCAAUCGAAGUGCAUCCAGAAGACCACACAGACACUGACCCCCUUCAGCUGGCACUCCAGUCUGUUAGCACUGAGGCUCAGCCAUUCGUCUGUAGUAAUGAGGAACCAGUCACCGUACUUACGGUCAUCCUAGAUGCUGACCUCACUAAGAUGAGCUCCAGGCAGAGAGUGGGACUGCUAAAUAGUAUGAAAAAAUUCUCUGGGGUGGGACUUCAGCACAUGAAAGUUCUACCUGUGGUUAACAAUCGCCUUUUUGACAUGUCUGCCUUCAUGGCUGGACCGGGCAAUGCCAAGAAGGUGGUGGAGAAUGGGGCCCUCAUUUCUUGGAAAUUGGGUUGUGCUCUGGACCAAAGCAAUGUUCCUGACAUCAGCAGUGUCCAGACCCCUGCCAAAGAAGGAACUAUGUCAGCACAGCUAGGAUAUCCUGUUGUGGGAUGGCAUAUUGCCAACAAGAAGCCCCAUGUCCCCAAACGAAUCCGACGACAGCUCUACAACACCCCUACUCCUAUUCCCUCCAUUCUUCCUCCAACAUACCUUGAUCCCCCUACCCGUAUUGUGCCCACACCUACCUCCCCUUCCAUUGCACCAGCUACUGAUAGUUUUGCCCCUCCUUUUCGAGGUCCUGUACCUCUCCCUAUGAAGCCCACUAUAAGGGUCAGAGACUCAAUUGCGCAUACUCCCACACUGGGGCCUCCUCAGCCAACAAGAAUAAUGGAUACCACAAGCACCCUUUCCAUCAUGCCUACAAUGACCAGACCUGUGUUUGUUGAGGCCACGGCUUCUCCGACUCCGGCAACAUCAACUACUAAGAAACCGAAGGUUCCACCCUCAACAAAGAAACCCAGGAAACCCAAGACGUCUACUCCAGCACCCAGAGAUACUAGAACCACAACAACUAAACCGUCAAGACGUACAACCCCUUCACCACCUGUGCUUGAUAAGAAUUCAAAACCACAACUACGUAAUCCUAUCGACCAGGUGAAUGCAUGGGUUGGGACCUAUUUUGAGGUAAAAAUUCCUUCUGAUACCUUCUUCGACAGGGAGGAUGGUACCACAGACAAGCUGAGGCUGACCCUACGAAUGAACCACAAUGAAGCUGUUGGGGAUAACUCCUGGAUUCAGUUCAAUAGUACGAGUCAACUCUUGUAUGGACUUCCGGACUGGCAGCAUGUAGGAAAACAUGAGUACUUCAUGCAUGCAACUGACAAAGGUGGACUGACUGACAUAGAUGCCUUUGAGGUCCAUGUUAAUCGCUGGUCACCUAGUAACAAACCUCCUGUUUCAUUUAUCGCUCGAUUCCAUGGGGAUCCUCAUAUGAUUACUAAUGAUGUUCAGAAGAAGAUCCUUCUGAUUAAAAAAUUAGCCUUUUCAUUUGGUGACCGCAACAGUACCGCAGUCACAUUGAAGAACAUCACUGCGGGAUCCAUUGUGGUGGAGUGGACUAAUAACAGCCUGCCACAGAACCCUUGUCCUAAAGAACUUAUUCGGCAAAUGACCAGUAAGAUCUCUGAUCCUAAUGGCAAACCCUCUCAUGGUUUUAGCAGCGCAAUGGAGCCAGAUUUCAAACCCAUUAAUAUCACUGUCAAAGGCACAGGUAGCUGCCAUACCUACAUGUUUGUGCCACCAGGGGAAAUCGCUGUUCCUAUCCUUCCAACGGAUGCACCUUCUCUGGGUCCAGGACGGCAAAGCACAGAUGAUGUGUACUUACACACUGUAAUUCCAGCCGUGGUCGUCGCUGCCAUCUUGCUGAUCGCUGGCAUCAUCGCCAUGAUCUGUUACCGCAAGAAGCGCAAAGGCAAGCUCACUAUCGAGGACCAAGCGACGUUCAUCAAAAAGGGGGUGCCCAUCAUAUUUGCAGAUGAGCUGGAUGAUUCGAAGCCCCCACCAUCUUCCAGUAUGCCCUUGAUCCUACAGGAAGAGAAACCUCCCCUACCUCCUCCAGAGUAUCCCAACAUGGCUAACCAGGAGACUACACCCCUUAACCAGGACCUUUUGGGAGAAUACACAGCUCUGCGGGACGAAGAUCCCAACGCUCCUCCUUACCAGCCACCACCACCCUUCACUGCCCCUAUGGAAGGGAAAGGUUCUCGUCCAAAGAACAUGACACCCUACAGAUCUCCACCACCUUACGUGCCGCCAUAAUGUUUAGUGAAACCUCCAGCAGAGGAGGGAAAGGGACUAAUGCAGUUCCACGCCAGUGUUGUCUGUCCAGGAAGUAAAGAGGGGUGCUAACGGUUGUACAAUAUGGGAUUGUUUGGGGGGUAGAGCCAGAGAAUGGAGGAAUUAGACGGUGGUUUGGAAAAACAACCAACAAGAACUUUCCUCAUUUUCAUCUUGACUUGGCUACAGCUAUUUGGGAAAUGCAAACUCCUAACCCAGUUUUUUUUUUCUUUAUUUUUUUAUUCUGGGCUUUUUCUUUUUUCCUUUUUUUCCAUUUUGAAUGACUUUGAAUCAAACUCUACUUGCCUAACAGCAUUCUUUUUAUCUUCCUCUAAAUAAUACAAGAUGACAGUUCAAAGACUGCAGGCUGCAAAUUUUGCUAAGAAAAAUCAUUCAAAUAAACAAGGGGAUGGGGGGGGAGGGCAAGAUGGACAGUCCUUCAGACAGCACUGAGCUUGGUUUGCCUUUUAACACUAAUUGUAUCAUUUUUACCUGUAUUCAUAUUUGUCUAGCAGAAAGAGCAUAACAUCAACGAGAGGUAGCCUAAAAAAUAUACAAAAAACUUAUUUUUGAUUUUAAUCCACUGUAUAUUUGAGAUGUUCUGGCAGAGUGUAUUUAAGGAUGGGGAUACGGGUGUGGGGGUGUGGUGAGUACCAGAUAGAAAUAACCUGCAGGAAGCCUUUUACCCCAACCGAGAUGUAUAACAUCACAUAUAUCUAAAAGAGCAAGAAUUUUCAAAUGGUUAUCAGAGCGCAAAGGAAAACGUAACUGUGUAAAGCCUAUGGUAUUAUUAAAAUGGUCAACUGACUUCAUUUUGAUGCAGCAGCAUCAAGUUUUUGGUACUCAUUUUUUUUUUGGGACUGAGUGCAACUUUAUUAGACUGAUAAUUCCAGACUGUCCCUUAUUAAGUAGUAAGAUUAGUAAUUUAUGGAAGAAAAAAAAAAAUAACUUUUUGCUAAAUUUCACAACUGUACAUUAAAUGAACCACGAUUCGUCUUUAUGAUAUCACAAAAAUAUUUUUUCUACAUAUGAAUAUGCCUGUAAAACAAAGCGUAAUAAGAAUAUUUUCAUAAUGAAAUAGGCACACUUUCAGAAAAAUCAGAAAAAAAUGCCUCCUGCAGUUUAUUUUUAUGUGGUAAAUAUUUUUUUAUGUAGCAAUGCUCCUGUUCUCAAAUUAAAAAUAAAAAAAUAUAUAAUAAAAAAAAAAGAAUAGUAUUCAGAUGAUGCCAACAAGUAUACAAAAUCUAUCUGUACCUUGGUAGUCCUGGUUCCCGAAAGGGGGAAAUAAACUGACAAUGAGGUAGAGAAGAAACAUUGUAGGGGCAGGAAGGCAUUUUCCUUAACAAAGUUGUGUGGAAAUCAAUUGAGGAAGAAUCCUCAAUCUGUUUUUUUUUCUUUUUUUCCACAAAAUAUUUUGAUACAACCUCAAAUUGUUUUAUGAAAAAUAAUGAGUAGUGAGCUGCAGUUUGUAAACGCUUAGUUUAGUAGAGAAUUGAUUUAUUAUCAUUUUUCCUUUAAUCUCAAUGGCAGAAGUUUUAAAGCUACUUAUCUUCAUGCUGUUUGGAUGGCCCGUACCGUGCGUGUGCAUGUGUGCGCGUGCGUGUGUCCGUGUGUGCCAAGGUUUAACUUUCCUUCCUGUUUCUUAGCCAGUGUCUAACUGGAUCACUGCAUCCAAUAUUACUGGUGUCUGAAAGUCCUCGUUGUAAGUGACCCUUUGCAAUAAUGUUAGGUUGAGUGCGGUCAUGUGUGGGCUAUGGAGCUCAGGGCAAUACAAACGCAGCCACAGUGGAUCGUAGUGUGAGUACAGACUCCCCGGCACGGAGCUGUGUGUUUUAACAGGGACGGGCUGCCUCAAAAUGGCAACAGACUCGGUACAUGCUGCUCAAACAAUCCACCGUUUAACAUAUUAAAAAUGUCUCGCUGCAUAAUGGAGGAACGUGCUAGGUUACGUUAUCAUUAUGAGAAGAGAGGUUUCUCUCUGUUGAUAAGCUCUGGCUAUAAUGUAUUUUGAAAUGCUUCCAUUUAACUUGUAUUGAUUUAUUCACAUAUGAAAGCCCACCAAGGUUUUAUUAGACUCUGUCUGUUGUUGAAACUUCAGCUCAUGUUGCAUUAGUCAGGUACCGUCUUUUCUGCUAAGCUGUACUGAUAUAAAGCCUUAAAAAAUGAAAUGGUAGAAGACCAGUACAGAGAUAGGGAGUGGCUUUGUAUUCAGGUACGAUAUCCAUUCAAAUCCCCCAUUCCCUCUUUGAGAAUGUCAUCAUAAGUUAAAAAAUUGAGAUUCAUAGUAAGGUAUGCAUUCGUGGCCUUUUCGUUCCAUUUGCAAUGGCUGUAUUUCCCCCCCCCCCGACUCUCUCUCCAGUCUUAUCAGGUUGACUAUCCGUGGUAAUUGACUUCAGUAGGGCUCAGUGACUUGUGUGAAGCUUUGAGGACAAGGAAACCAAAGAGUAAUCAUGAAUCUAAUCAUGCAUUUUUUUUCCAUUUGAUAUUUCAUUUAUGAAUUACUUAUCAGACACAAACUGCUAACUUAAAUAUUGUUUUCUCUCUUUACACUUUUUAUAUCUUAUGGUACUUCACGACUGUGAAAUAAAAAGGUUUGAAUCACAAAUUGUUCCAAUGGAAUCCAACCUUUUAAAACAAUCAAAAGAAAAUGAGAAAGAGAAGAGGGUCCCCUUUUAAAAACUGAGGCACUUGCUAGCCGUGAAAUCUCCAUGCUUUCUGGGUUUGCAAAUUUGUAGAUCCCAUUUUUACCGGAAGCAUUUCGAUCAUCAUGCUAAUCAUUUUGCAGUGUGAUUCCUGGACAUGGCGAGAGAUUAGCUCUGACUGUGUAAUAUUUGUUUUCCAUCUCAUUUACUUUUAUUUUGCGUUUGUAAAUCUAGGGAUUGGUGUGUCAAAUAUCAGCCUUAUGCCAAUGUUUUGUGCAGCUCUCUAAUUUCCACUGGGGCAACUUUCUCUCUAUGAAUAAAUGAGUCCUUACAACUGGAAUAUUGAGGUUAUCCUUAUGUGUGAGGAAUGAGAGAUGAUAAGGUAUUAUCUGUAAAUGUUUGUGUGGUAUUAAGUCUACACCGCCCCUCCCCCCGAGUUUUUUUUCUCUCAUUAGUUUUUGGUUGACUUUCUCCUCUGCUGUUACUUGACGAGUGGGCACAGCUCCUCUUGUCUUGAUGGGGCUGGUUCGGGGGGUUGUGUGAAGUGAGCUUAUUGAAGCCCUCAAAAAGGAGGGGCUAAGUGGUGAGAUAUAUAUAUUUUUUUGUCUUUUCUAAUCUUUUGGCAGAGCAGAAGAAAAAUGAGGAGAGCAAACAGGAAAAAAGUUUGCACCCUGGAACCCUGACAAAUGUCCAUUGCCAUGGCAACCUAAACCUUACAAAGGGGGGAGGUUAAAUAAAUGCUUAAUUAAACAAUAAUGCAAGAUGAAUUUCUUUUCACUGUUUUUAAUAGCAUUGUUUUAUUUAUACCACUAGACACUGUAUGUUGAUCUUGUAUUAAAAAAGUGUUUUCACCAAA